AAAGGGAGUAACGUUUCCAGUUAUAGUUGUGGCGUAAACCCCACACCUGGCCGCGGCGCGUUGGCUUUCCCAAACUACAACCUCUUGACUGUCUUUACACACACGCACACAGAGAACAGGGGAGCGGUGAAAAUUAUAUGGGGAACCGACGGUUUGCGCAGGCGUUGACCAGCGACGACGAGGACGACGCGCCGCAGCGACGUCGCGACUCAAACGGCGAUGAGAACGUAAAACAAAGGAAGCGUAAAAUGGUGCACUUCCCCGACGAGGACGAUGAGAAGAAAGAAAUGGAGGAAGCAGAAUUGGCCGAGCGGAAGAAGAAGAAGAAGAAGAAGGAAAAGGAAGAGCCUGAGCCGGAGUCGGAGGCGGCGAGCGAGAACGAGGAGCAGGGUGAUGUGGAGGCGCAGCCGAUGGGUACGGUGGUUAGGGUUUCCGGGAGGGGGAGAGGGAGGAGGAAUCAUUACGAGUCGUUCGAGUACAAUGGCCACCAAUAUUGGCUCGAGGAUCCAGCGCUCUUCCAUCCUGAGAAUAAGAAUCAGAAGCCUUAUGUGGCCAUAAUUAAGGACAUUGCUAAAACCUGGCAAGGGGAAUUGAUGGUAACAGGGCAGUGGUUCUACCGUCCAGAGGAGGCGGAAAAAAGAGACGGUGGAAAUUGGCCAUUAUGUGAUACGAGGGAACUCUUUUAUAGUUUCCACAGAGACGAAGUACCUGCAGAAUCUGUCUUCCAUAAGUGUGUGGUUCACUUUAUACCUUUACAUAAGCAGAUUCCUUCUCGUCAGAAACACCCAGGUUUCAUCGUGCAAAAAGUAUAUGAUACUGAACAGCGGAAGCUCUUUAAGCUAACAGAUAAAGAUUAUGAAGAGAACAAGCAGCAUGAGAUCGAUGUUCUUGUUCAAAAAACUCUUGCACGGCUUGGAGACCUUCCUGACCUUGCACCUGAGGAUACUAUUGUGGAUCAUGAAGCUCCUUUGAAGAGAAAGAGACUUUUAAAGAGAAGGAGCAUGACACUUUUGGAUGAUUCCAGGGAGGAUGAAGGACUUAGCAGAUCUCAAUCACUUAAACCAGAAACUACUGGAAACACUGCUGCUAGUUCAUCAGAAUAUUAUGCUAUUCUUUCAAAUUUUAAGCAGUUGACUGGGGAAACACAGCGUGACAAGUGGUUGGAAAAGCUUCUUCAAUGUAUUAAAUUCAUAUGCACUCCUGUAGGGAGUAAGCAGAACAAUGAGGAAGAAAGGUUUGGUUCAGAUGUUAGAACUCCCAGUAGCAAGAGCGGUGGCUCCAAUAAUGAAUCUCAUGAUAAGACUCCUAAGGAUGAUGUAUCAUUUGACUGGCCUGAUGCAGCUGUUCCUGCCAUAGCUGCUCUUGAGAAAGCAGCGCAUGAUGCACUUUCUUCAGAUUUUCAGAAGUACAACCAAAAGAUGAGGCAGUUGGCAUUCAAUCUUAAGAGCAAUGCUGCAUUAGCACGGCGUCUUCUGAAUAGAGAGUUGGAACCUGCACAGAUACUGAAUAUGUCGCCUAACGAAUUAAAGGAAGGUUUAACAGCAGAAGAAAUAGCAAGCAGGAAGCCAGAGGAGUCGGGGCGCUUGCAGGUUAUUCAGGGUAUGACUGAUGCCCGUUGUACAAGAUGCAUGGAGAAACAAGUGGGUUUGUUAGAUAUUAUUCAGACUGGACAUGGAGAUCGCUAUCAGCUGGAAUGUGUUGCCUGUGGUAACACCUGGUAUGCUUCUAGAGACGAUGCUGCUGCAUUGACCAUAGAGGGACCAAGUUCUGCAAAGACUGUUGGUACGGCUCCGCUGGCUACUGCCAAGUUUGAAGACGUUCAGAAGAGUUUGAUGAGUUCUGGUGGAGGAGCUGAGAGUGGAUCCACUGAUGUCCUCAAGAAGACGACGGAAGCAUAUAUCCCCGUGUUAGAUGAUCAGAAAACACUUAAUAAAACUGUGACUGAGGAAAAUCCUACAGAGGGUAGUGCUAUGUAAUGCAUGUUCGUAGGUUGCAUUAGUUUAGGUUGAAGUUCUAUUGUUGUAGAAAAGUUAACGUUCCAAAGUUUGGUGCGCUUGCACUGAUAUAUGGCUACUUGAGCUAUGGUGUAAAGGCCUUUGGGGUAGAGCACUUGUAUAGAGCUGAUGAUUAUUUUAAUUUUUAUUUUUUAUUAUGUGUUUAUUAGAGGAGAGCUGAUGAUUCUUGUGUAUAUCCAUGUUAAUAGUUCGCUGUCUCUC